GCUCGUUUUUGAACAGCGGAGAGGAGAGAGAGAGAGAGAGAGCGCUUCCUGUCAUGGCGCUCGAUGGGUUCGGGAGGAACUCGGGCCCCUCUGCACCUCCCAAAUCCCCAACCCUCUUCGGAAAUAACCCUCAACCAUCGAAGCCAUCGCCGCAAUUCGGUUCCGGAGCUGCCCAUAAGCUCCAACAUGCCAGGCCUGCCGCGCUUGGUCAUGAGUAUGGUGCCCAGCAGAGGAUUUCUUCACAUGGUUCUAUUUCUGUUGCUUAUGACAGUCCAAAUCCUCCAUCUGAUGCAUGGAACUCCAAGACAGUGUCCCUGCCAACGGUGACUGAUUUUCCAGUUUCAACAAGGAUGAUUAUGAAAGGCGAUCCAUUGCCUUAUGGACAUGAUGCAUACGCGACUAGCACAGACUUUACACAAGAUAAAAAUGAAAGAUAUCAUGAGUCAUCAAGGUUUCCUCUCAAUCAUUCUGGUCCGAUUGCUUAUAUAAAGUCGAAUCCUCAACCUGAUGGGUGGAAUGCCAGGCAUGUGUCUCCACCCAAGGUUUUAGACUUUCAGGCUUCACCAGGGCCUAUGCCAAGCACACUGCCCCAUCUUCAAGGUGUGUCAGCAUCCAAACGAAAAUUUACAGAAGAAAAAAGCAACAGGUAUCCUCCAAAUGCUGCUAGUGAUGUUCCGAAGAGAACGACGUCUCCUGUGCCUCAUAUAGAUGAACUUUCAAGAUCUAACUUUCCAUUUGUUCAAUUUGGAACUGAAAAGUCUGGUGCACCUCUUGCUAGAUCUAGUUUUUCGCCCAACUCUCCGACUAAUGUUGCUAGUUUACCUCAGCAACAGGCAUCAAAUCCUCGAUUUGAUGGACAGAGUGGUGGCACUAGAUCUCCUCCAAAGGCUCCUAGCUUUCAAGUUCCAAAAAGCACAAGGUCUCCUCCUUUGGCUUAUACAGAUGAAAUCUUGGCUCCUGAUUUGCGCAAGAUGAAAGAUGGAACUGAAAGAUCUCCUCCAAAGCGUUCUAGUUUUCAAGUUCCAAAAAGAACUAGGUCUCCUCCUGUGGCUUACACAGAUGAAAUUCUAGCUCCUGAUUUGCACACGAUGCAAGCUGAAAGUGAAAGAGAGGCUCAGGCAAAGGCAAAGCGAUUAGCCCGUUUCAAUGUAGAACUGAAACAGCCAAUUAGUAAUCUUGAGCAUUUCCACAAGCAUAACCCUGCUGGUGAUAGAAGUGAUCAACGUGUACAUGGAAUAAAAAAGUUCGUUCCUGAGGUUUCUGUUGAUGGACCAACUUAUACUGCAAAGGGAAGCCCGUUGGCUGAUUCUGAUGCUAUGGAUACUGCAUCCAUUUGGAAUUCUGAAUCAAACGGUACCAUUGUAGGUCUAUGCCCUGAUAUGUGUCCUGAGUCAGAAAGGGAAGAACGUGAACGCAAAGGUGAUCUUGAUAGAUGUGAACGUAUGGAUGGAGAAAGAAACCAAACAAAUAAAUGGCUUGCUGUUAAAAAGUACAAUCGGACUGCAGAGAGAGAAGCCCAGCUGAUAAGACCUUUGCCAGUCUUGCAGAAGACAGUGAAUUAUCUUUUGAAUUUGAUUAAUCAGCCAUAUGAUGAUAAGUUUCUUAACAUAUAUAACUUUCUGUGGGAUCGAAUGAGGGCAAUUCGGAUGGAUCUUCGAAUGCAGCACAUUUUCAAUAGUGAUGCUAUAACGAUGCAUGAGCAAAUGAUAAGGUUACAUAUCAUAGCAAUGCAUGAAUUCUGUGAAUAUUCAAAGGGGGAGGGCUUUUCAGAGGGUUUUGAUGCACACUUGAACAUUGAGCAAAUGAACAAGACUUCAGUGGAGUUAUUUCAAAUGUAUGAUGAUCAUAGGAAAAAGGGGGUUGUUUUCCCAACAGAAAGGGAGUUCAGAGGUUAUUAUGCACUGCUUAAACUGGACAAGCAUCCAGGCUACAAAGUGGAGCCUGCAGAGCUAUCACAUGAUCUAGCCAAAAUGACUCCAGAGAUGAGAAAGACACCCGAAGUCCUUUUUGCUCGUGACGUUGCAAGAGCUUGCAGAUCUGGUAACUUCAUAGCAUUCUUUCGGCAUGCAAGAAAAGCAACUUAUCUUCAAGCAUGUUUGAUGCAUGCUCAUUUUGGGAAGCUAAGAAGCCAUGGGCUUGCAUCACUGCACAGCGGUCUCCAGAAUAAUCAGGGAAUUCCAGUAGACCAUAUUGUCAAAUGGUUAGCUAUGGAGGAGGAAGAUGUCGAAAGCCUUCUUGAGUAUCAUGGAUUCUCCAUUAAAAAAUACGAAGAUGCAUAUAUGGUGAAGGAAGGACCAUUUCUUAAUAGUGACAAAGAUUUCUCUGUGAAAUGCUCACGUCUUGUUCACCUGAAGAAGUCAGCUGCAAUCUUUGAUGAUGUUUUCUCCAACAAACUGCUUCUUUCAUCAAGUAAACCAGAAGUAACAGUUUCAUCAUAUGAAGCUGAUUAUAAGCCGAGGGAGUACAGCAAGUUACCUUGGCUUAACCAUACUGAAGAUGACAUGGUGGAAUGUGAAAAUAAAGCUGAUCAUACUGAUGAUCAACAAGUAUCUCUGCAUGUACCAUCUGAAGGACCCUUAUUGACUAGUCCCAAAAGCAUGAGUAGCUCAUCAUUGACCAGUUUCAUGAGCAGGGGCUUGCAUCAGAGCACCAUGCCAUUGGGAGCACCAUCGCCAACCAGGCCCAAGAACAGAGAUAGGGAUCGGGUCUCCUUGCAAUUUGGAGGACCAUCACCAACAAGUCCCAAGAACAAAGAUGCACAUCAGAUGUCCUUUCCAUUGCCAGGGCAGUUGUCAACCACUUCCAAUAAUAGAGAUAAUCAACAAAUCUCACUGUUAGGAGAGCUACCAUCAACCAGCCCCAAAAAAAGAGGCAGUUACCAGGUUUCUUUUCCGCUGGGAAGAUCAUUAAGCAGUUCUAAGGUUCAAAAUGAUAAUCACGUAUCUGCAUUUGGUCUUGCCUCAAAUGAGAAUGUGGUAAAUUACCAACAUAUUUCUACCUCAAAUGGAGUUGAAGGAAUAUUUUUUGAUUCAGAUAUGGACCAAUCACCUGAGAAUGAAAGCACAGAAAAUAUCAGAAAUGAAGAAGAUCAAGAGGCAAGUAUUUCUCAUGAUGAUGUUCUUGAAGAAAGCCUCAAAUUGCAAAAAGAAUUGUUUGAACAAGAGGAGUUGAUGAAAGAACGGAUAGAAGCUGCCAAGGCUAAGCUGAGAGUUUUCCUAAGGUUAUGGAAGCGGAGGUCAUCAAAAAGGAAAGAGCUAAGGGAGCUUCAGAGGUUAAUGUCAAGUGCAGCACUGAAUUCCUUGUCGUUGGGGCCACCUAUUCUGCAAAACAAGUUGCCAUUACAUCCAUCAGUUGAACUCAAGCUUGAUAACAUUGUGAAAGAACGAAAACAAAGGUGGAGAAAAUCAUGGUCUAGGGUUAAUGUUUCUGAAGUUGUCCUCCAAUUACUUCACCAAAAGAACUUGCAGUCAAAAUGCAUUUGCUGGAAACUGGUUCUCUCCAUCAGGACAAAACAGAUUGAGCAGCAUUUUUCUGCUUCACAUGAACAAUAUAAUCAAUUAGUUGGAUCAUGGUUAGUCUCCAAGUUAAUGUGCUGUGAGAAUGACACAGAGGAUGAGAUGAUUGUUUCUACUUCCGAUCUGUCUAUUUGGAAGGAGUGGGCCAGACUUCAAUCCAAUUCUCAACAGGUUUGUUGUCUCUCUGUCUUGAGAGAGGUAUUUUUUGAUCCCGAGAAACCAAUAAGUACUGCUGAUACAUUACUUGGUGUUAGUGGAGUGCUCUUCUUGGUGUCUGAAAGCAGGCAGUGGGAUCUUGACAGGCUUCGAUUACACAAUCUCAUUGCUUCAUUGCCGUCUGGGUCUAACUUGCCCCUUCUUAUUUUAACUGUUGGUAUGGAUGAGAAAAUCAAUCUUUCUUCCUUAAUGUCAGACAAUUUGGAGCUUUCUUCCUUGGAUAAAACAAAGAUACGUGGCUUCUCUGUGGUGAAUUUGUCAGAAGAUGGUGGACUUUACAGCGAUGAGCAUCUUAAGGAGGGCCUCAGGUGGCUGGCUGAUCAGUCUCCUGUUCAGCCAGUUCUGCAGCAAGUGAAGACUCGGGAGCUCGUAGUAGAGUAUCUGAAUGUUUCAAUGGAACAACUUGAAACCAUGAAACCUUCUGAAGUCACUCCAGACCAAUGCAUAAAUGCCCUUAACAAUGCAUUGGAGAAAUCAGCUAGCGAUAUAAUUUUGGCAGUGCAAGGGAAUCCUACCAAUUGGCCAGGUCCUGAGAUUGGUUUAAUCGAUGAAUUCACUGUAGAGGCCAGAGCUGUGGGUUUUGAGUUGCCAAAAGUUGGAUGGAGUUCACCUGCAGCAGUUGAACAUGUCUUGAAUUCUUUAAGUUCCUGUAAGCUUCCAGAGUUUCCCAACAGCUUCUCUUGGGUGAACAAGGACAGUGAGAUUCAAAACCAGAAAUUGGCUCUAGAAAGCAACUUAAAAUGGUAUCUCACAGAGGCAUGUGGAAUGAUGCAGGGGGAUUUGGCUGCAAGAGAAGUUUGUUUAAUGGUGCAGAGAGGUGCUACCCUUGAUUUUGAUGGUACACGUUGUCAGAUUGUUCCUAAAUGGGUUGUGAUUUUUCGCCGGAUCUUCAAUUGGAGAUUGAUGAAUUUGAGUUCAGUUGCUUAUGUUUUGAAGCGUAGGCAUAGGGCAAGUCCUGAUAAAUACAGCUGGUCAAGACAAAGGCUCGUGGCUGAACCAUCACUUGAUGAAAUGAUUGAGAUCAGUUGCAGAGUGCCUACUAGGCAAUGCCAACAUCCAGAACGAGCCACGGAAGAUGGAGAAUUUAGGAACAGAAGUCUGCAGGGUGAUGAGCGUUGUCUGGUCCAUGAGAUGGAACAAAAUGAUGGGAUGGAGAUACAACAAAAGAGAGAGUUGGCAGUGGAAUCGAGAGAGAGCAAAUUGAAUAGUCUGUUGGAGAGAUGCACCGUAGUGCAAAACAUGAUAGAUGAGAAACUCUCAUUUUACUUUUGAAGUUCAGAUUAUCGUGAUUGCAAUCUAGUUGCUGUGCUACAAGUCCUAAGCAGCUCCAAUUUUUGAAGGCAGAAUUGACAACAGUUUCAAGGGUUCUCGAAUAAUCACACUAUCUCCAUUUCGAGGCUUGGUCUGUUCAGAAACAAGUUUGUCAUUUCCUAUAACCAGAUUCUGCCAGACCGUAUUUUGGCAUGGCCAAUAGCGGGCAGGUUCGAAUGGAGAGCUUUUCCAGUGUAAGAAGAAUUUAAACAGUGGUUACAACUCUGAGGCGCUGUAAAGGUGGUUUUUUUCCCCCCGUUUAUGCAAAAAUUGUUCCGGCUCCAGCUACAGUCCAAACCUUGGACUGCCAUGUGCCUUCAUGUACAUCUUUUUGUUUAUCGACUCUCCGUCUCUCUCGGCUUUUUGGAGAAGAUGUAGACAUGGGAGUGGUUUCCUAGUACCUUUUUCCUGCUGGUUCAAAAUGGAAAUUUGAUUUACACAUCUA